AUGAUGAGGUGUGGAGGUCAAGAUCUGAACCUAGCUAGCUCUACUUUGUGGCCUUGGAAAGCUGCUGUUAUUUUUGAGCUUGCUGAUUGUAAAAUAAUGAAGCGUAAACGUAAUGCGAAACGCAAACCAAAAAAGACCACUGUGGUGGGAGCAAAUGAGGCAUUUUUCAAUGCCGAUCACUCUAGUAUAGAUGAUUUGUACAAUGCUGUUGUAUCUAGAAUGGAGGCUGAAACACCACAAGCUGGUACCAGUAAGAGUAUCCAACAAUCAGGUUUGGGAAAACAAGUAUUUAAUGAGAUAACAGAAAAUAACAGCAACACAUUGGCUGAGAUGAAAAUAGCCCUCACCAGUAAUCUAUCCAAGAAAGCUGGGAGUUUGACAACUAAGUUGUCAAGGGGCUUUGCAUCUUCAAAUAUGAACCUGACUAGUAAUGCAGGACUAGUGCAAGGGAAGAGGACUUGCCAAACAGAAUCAAAAAUACCUCAUCAGGAUCCUCGAUACAAAAAGCAAGAACUAAAUACUGCCCUAUUGGUGAUUACAAAAAUUAUGCAAAUGGAUGCAGCUGAGGUAUUCAAUGUUCCUGUGGAUCCUAUUGCAUUGGGAAUACCAGAUUAUUUUGAUGUAAUCGACACGCCUAUGGAUUUUGGUACGAUAUGCAACAACCUAGAAAAGGGCCAUAAGUACAUGAAUUCAGAGGAUGUGUUUAAGGAUGUGCAAUAUAUUUGGGAGAAUUGUUGUAAGUAUAAUAAGAAAGGGGAUUGUAUUUUGGAGGUCAUGAAGCUUAUGAAGAAGAACUUCAUGAAGUAUUGGACUGCAGCUGGGUUGUACAAGGAACAACCUCUGGCUACUAAUGGUGCCACCCUUGUUUAUUCAGUCCCAAAUUGACAUUCUCCUUGCUUAGCACCACACUAUUGAUAUCCUUGCUUUGGGAACAACAUAAGUGCUGCUCCAGUCGUACCAGUUAAAUUUGGCUGCAUCAAAUUACGCAAGUUCUUUCUUUCCUUUUAGACCAUCAGAUGGGUGCCUCCCUCUGCUUUUCCAAAUGCAUUGUAGAUGUUCCAAGACCCAGGCACUCACUAUCAGGCUCCCAUUAGCUCGGUAGAUAUCUGAAUGCUUGCCUUGAUGCUGCCUAUAGCAUUAGGACAAAGUUGGCUUACUUUUUGGAAGGAUACAUACCUGAUAUACGUUUAUAUGCAGGAUAUUUAGUUUAUUUAAUUCACAGACACCUUUAGAAGCUUUGUCAAGCUUCUUAUAAUAGAAA